GAGUUUAUAUCCGUGUUAGAGAACAAAAACACUGACACUAAUACCAAUAAAAGUAAGACCAUUGCUUGGCACACAGUAACAAAAAGAUUUAAUGAAUUUAAAUAGCCGGGAGAGAGAUUUAGCUGAAAUAAAACAACAAUGGCGUACAAUGAAAUUAGAUGCUAAAAAAAAUAUGUCCCAGGUAAAGACAUCUAUCAAAUGUACUGGUGGAGGACCAAAGCCUCCUAGCCCAGAUCCGGAAACAAUAGACAUCUUAAGUAUGAUUCCACAGGAAUUUGAAACAGAUUCAAAUAUCUUCGACAGUGACAGCAUAGCGAAUCAGGAGGUGGAAUGUGUCAUGUCAACACAAGAGUAUGUUCUCACUCCAUUAGAUAAGAAAGAGAAUGUGGAAGAGAGUUCGAGGAUGCAGAUCGAGAGCUUCAAAGGUGAUGCGCAGUGGUACGCACGAGAUGGCCACUUUUACGUGGCCUCUCGAGCGCGGGGAGCAUCCAUCUACAUGCGCUGCCACAGCAACCGAUGUCCAGCACGCUGGACGAUGAAGGAUGGGCAGCCAGGCCCCAUCACUGGCGUACACGACCAUGACCCUACCCCUUGGGUUGAGAGCCGGAACAAUAUGUUCCAGGCUCUCAAAAGGAGAGCUGCUUCCGAGAGCACUCCCUUGAAUACUUUAUACCGAGAGGAAGUAACAAGACAUCCAGAUGGCGCACCGCACCUCUUGUACGAGACCAUGGUGUCUUCGAUGCGGCUCUGGCGGAGGAGUCUGCAGCCAGGCGGCGGGGUUGCCCGCCUACCAAAUUCUCACAAUUCACGUGGUUAUAGAAGGCCACUUCUACCACCCCGUGAUGGUUCUCAUGGAGAACAGGAGGAGGCCGCUUUACGAAGCGGUCUUGCAAAGAAUUUGGCAGGAGGCUGACAACCCACGUCCGGCCGUUAUUGUGACAGAUUACGAGCGCUUCAGGCUGCUCUCGAAUUUGUCACUCACACUCGAGUACAAGGUUGCCUCUUUCAUUUUGUGCAGGCGUUGCUGAGACGAGCGCGGCAGAUGGGCAUCCAGGUACGACGCAACUCUGCUGGCUGGCGCCUGGUGCAGCUGUACGGCGCGCUGGCGCUGCUGCCAGCGGCGCGCGUGCCGCUCGCGCUGAGCGAGGUGGCGCCGAUCGCGCGCGACCAGGGCCUGUCCUACAACGAGGCCUUCCAUGCCUACUUUGCAAACUACUGGAUGACGCGGCUGAGCAACAACCACCAACAGGCGCUGCAGCUGGUAUUUCCCAUAUAGUACCGGGCCACGUCGUAUAUCACUGAUAUUUUAUUGCACGCACCUUUGCCAGACAUGUUCUCGUCAACACAGCCUGCUAUACCUAAAUACAUACUAAAUUGUUCCCUUUAUGUUUAAUUUAAGAAACUAUUGAUCUACAAUAAUGAUGUUGCUUACAGCACAGUACAGAUAAAUAACUUGUUAUGUUGUGUGAUCAUUACCUUAUUACCUAGAACAUACUAUAUCCUAUACCAUACUUUUUAAUAAACCAAGUGUAAAAACAGAUGAAUCACAAUCAUUGUGAGAUCAAAGCUAAUAAUCACUAUCUACUGUCAUAUUUUUUCAAAUGUUUAUAUAUUUUUUCAAAUGUUUAAUUUUUUUAAAGUUU